AUGGAGCGCCGCCUCCACCACCUCGCGCUGCUGCUCGGCCUCCUCGCCUGGGCGGCGGCGGCCGCCACGGGAGCCGAGGCGCAGCCGGUGUGCGACCCCUCCAUCAUCGCCACCCAGAUCGCGCUCUUCUGCAUGCCGGACAUGCCCACGGCGCCCUGCUGCGAGCCGAUCAUCGCCUCCGUCGACCUCGGCGGCGGCAUCCCCUGCCUCUGCCGCGUCGCCGCCCAACCGCAGCUCGUCCUCGCCCGCAUCAACGCCUCCCACCUCCUCGCGCUCUACGCCUCCUGCGGUGGACAGCACACCGGGGGCGCCCACCUCGCCGCCGCCUGCCAAGGUCCGUCACCUCCCGCCACCGUUCCCGUGAUCGCCCCGCCGCCGCCCGCCGCGCCCCGCCACAAGCAGCCAACACGCGAGGCUCCUCCCCCGCCGCCACAGAGCGAGAAGUCGUCCCCAUCGCCCCAGCAGCAGCCUGGCGCCGCCGCCGCCGCCGCCCACGGCAAGGCCAUCCCCACCAGCCCGGCCGCCUCCUUCUCCCAGCUGGCGCCGGCCGCCGCGCCCACGACGCCCACGCCACCGCACUCCGGCUCCGACAAGGGGCCCAUCGUCGUCUCCGCCGCGUUCCUCUUCUUCGUCAUCGCCGUUAUCAUCAUCCUCGACUGA